CUCAAGUCUUAUCUGAUUUGCCCUCGGGUCAAAGCCAGGUGCAGAGGGAACUCCCAUUCUCCGAAGGGCAGCCUUCAAGGAGGCAGAACCAGAAUCCAGGACACCUUGGGUGACAGCCUGUCCCUGCAUUCUGCACCCCAGCCGCUGGGCCGCACGAACCAGCCGAGCAGUGAUGGCCUCUGAAGCCAGGAGCCCGCAGCUCCUCCCUGCCCUCCUGCUCCUGCUCUGGCUGCCCACCAGCCUGGCUCACCACAGCCCCCCACCCCGGGCGGGGGCCCGCACCCACACCGCCGGGACCCCGCGCUGCUACUCGGCGGAGGAGCUGCCCCUGGGCCUCGCCCCUCCCCACCUGCUGGCUCGAGCGGCCAAGUGGGAGCAGGCGUUGCCGGUGGCGCUGGUGUCCGGCCUGGAGGCGGCGGGCCGCAGGAGCCGGCGCGCGGGGCCCCCGGCCGGGGACCAGUGCCGUGUGCUGCAGCCUGAGGAGGUGCUGGAAGCUGACGUCCACCAGCGCUCCAUCUCGCCCUGGAGAUACCGCGUGGACACGGACGAGAGCCGCUACCCCCAGAAGCUGGCCUUCGCCGAGUGCCUGUGCAGGGGCUGCAUCAGCGCCAAGACGGGCCGCGAGACGGCCGCGCUCAACUCGGUGCCGCUGGCCCAGAGCCUCCCGGUGCUGCGCCGUCGGCCCUGCUCCCGGGAUGCGGCGGGGGUGCCCACGCCCGGGGCCUUCACCUUCCACACCGAGUUCAUCCGAGUGCCCGUGGGCUGCACCUGUGUCCUGCCCAGGUCGGCCCGGUGAUCA